AUGGCUGGCAUAACUCGGGGCCAACGAGUCCUCCAUACUCGAUUCCAGUCUUGGAAUCACUUGUAUUUCCACCCCCAAUCUCAACUGCCCAUUUGCGCGCAAUCCCAGCUCUUCUCAACCUCCGCUCCGAACCAGCAAUUUCGCCGAGCCUCCCCGUCACCACCCCCUACAACAACCGUCUCAAUUCCCUCCAAAACGGAAAUAAAUGCCCCAACCAGCACUCAUCCUGCCCCUCUCACAACCCCACCCCCCUUAAACCCCUCCGCAGGCGCAGCAGAUAAACUAAAACGUUACGUCGAAUUCGGCCGCGCAUAUGUGACUUUCUACAAGACGGGCUUGAAACAUGUCUAUCACAACUAUCGUGCCUCACUCCCUCUACGGAGAAAACUAGGCCUACCCGCCUAUAUACCUGUAUCACCGCCGCGGACAAGCACACACAACAACCGCGGCGCGCCAUCCAUAACACAAGAAUCCAAGCUCGGCCGCGCGCAGUUCCAGCUCGUCCGCCGCUCAGCUCGUGAUGUCCGCCGCAUGAUUCCCUUCACUUUAAUCCUGAUCGUCUGCGGCGAGUUCACACCCCUGAUCGUCCCGAUUUUCGGCUCUGCCAUUACGCCCGCGACGUGUCGUGUGCCCUCACAGGUGGAGAAGGAACGAGUUGCGGCUACAGUGCGCAAACUGGCGGCGCUGGAUGCGUUUGUGGCUGAGAAUAAAGAUCGGUCUGUGCAUUUGCUCAAAGCAGGCAGCGAGAAGCAGUUGGCCCUUCUUGCUAGGUCUUUUGCUGACCCUGUCUGGGUCGCCGGUGCGAGCUCCGCUGAUGUCUUGCGUGCCUGUGCUGUUUUUGGUCUGGUUAAACGUCAUGACAAGACUGCGGGCGAGUCGCUUGCUGGUUUGAUUUACCGGCCUCGGUUGGCGCGGUACGUCGAGUACCUGGCUAUUGACGAUGAAAUGAUUCGUGCUGGUAAAGGAGUUUCGGCCAUGAAUGCUACCGAGGUGCGGAUUGCGGUUGAGGAACGUGGUGGUCUAGACGUGUCUUCUGGUACUCAAGACCGGAGACGGGUGGAGGAAUUGGAGAGGCGCUGGUUGGAGCAGUGGUUGACUGUUCGUGGAAACACUCCCAAGUCCAAGAAGCUGUAA